ACCACCACUUCUUUGCUUCUCAUAAAACCACAAUUCUCUACCAACUACAAACUACACAUCCUCUAAAUAAAACCUCUUUCUUUCAUAUUUGUCUAUCCAGAACCAACAACAACUCAUAAUUCAAAAAUAUAAAAUAAAGAGAUAUCUACACGUGAUUCUUAUACAAGAAAAUGGAUCAAAAUUUGCCAGUUAUAGCGAAAAAAUUCUGGAAGAUAGUUCGCGUAGCUUACUUCAUGUUGAGAAAAGGAUUAUCAUCAAAGAGAAAACUGAUGUUCGAUCUCAACUUAUUAAUGAAACGUGGUAAGAUUGCUGGAAAAGCCGCCUUCCAAAAUCUGAUGUUCCAGGGCCAUAAUAAUAAUAUUCAUCAAUCAAUUUCAAAAGAGUAUUACGAGUUCAGCUGCAGUAACAGCCCCUCUUUUCACCUACCUUUCAACAUGAACAAGCGCAUUAAUAAGCACAAUCACAAUGCAGUACCUGACGAUGUUUCAAUGAUGAACGCUGCCGUUUUGAAGGCAUUAGAAAUGCUUCAGAGCGAAACAGCAUCACCUGCUUUGCCUGGAUUUGGAAGGACUCCAACGGUCAGGCAAUUAAGGAUCACUGAUUCUCCUUUUCCUCUAACAUCAGAAGCUGAUAACAUCAGCCACGUAGACGAAAAGGCUGAUGAAUUCAUUUCUCGAUUCUAUAGAGAUUUGAGAAGAGAAGCUUCUCUCUUUGCUUAAAUUUUUGGAGUGCUUUUAUUUUUCCAGUGUUCCGGAAAUUUUUGACAUAGAAGAUGUAAAAUAAAAUUAUGUGAAGAGUUUUUAAAUGUGAUGAUAAUAAAUAAUACUCUUUCCGUCUGA